UUGACGCCCUUCCGACUCCUUUGCCCCCUCAAACCCCCUUUCUCUGCCGCAGCUGCCCCUUGCCCGCCCCUUCUCGCCCCGCCUUUCCCCGCGCCUUUAUUUCUUUUCCGGGCCGUGGCUCCCCUCACAGCGGCCGCCAUGGAGGACGCGCAAAAGCGACCUCUGGGCACCGAGGUGCUGCGGCCGACCGGGCACUUGGGCGGCGUCUGCACCAGCCUGGGCCGGAGCUACGACACGGACCGCGGCCGGGUGUUCGUGAAGAGCAACUGCGAGGGGGAGGCCAGGAGAAUGUUUCUGAGAGAAAUGGCAAGUUUGGAAGCCAUCCUGAAAACGCAGACAGUAAGAGUGCCUAAACCCAUCAAGGUUGUAGAACUGCCUGGGGACAGUACUGUGCUGGUGAUGGAACGUUGAAUGAAGAGCUUACACAGACAUUCAGCACUGCUUGGAACUCAGCUAGCUGAUCUUCACCUUCAUAAUCAGCAACUUAGAGAGAAGAUGAAGAAAGAAGGGAGCCCAGCUGGCACAGUACACAGCUGUUUGCAAAAUUAACCUAAUGAAUAAUAAUUGACAAAAUAAUUAAAAUAGCUGUUGCCACUUCAGGACAGGUACGUCUUCUUCCACUAAAGAUAGUAUGAGAAUAGGUUGGGAUGAAACACACAGGUGGGGGUGUUCUUCUUUUUGCUUUUGUUUGCCCUGUGUGGAUCUCUGUGAUCAAUUCAAUUUGGGAACCUGAACCACAAUCUCUAUAAGGACAUGGUAUCAGAAGAGAUACAGUACCUCAAAAUACAAAAAUAAAGAGUAUAACAUGGCUGCUUUACACCGAGCUUUAAAUUUAAAAACCAGCAGCAGCACCCAUUGUAUCAAAAAGAACAUUAAAGUGCAACUUUUUUUAUUCUCAAUGGAAGCAGCAUUGUACCCUUGCAUAGUUUUAAGAUUUGUUUGCAUUGUGGAUGCUCAGUAUUUUGUCAUUGGUGUUGAAUUUUUUUUCUUUGGUUUGAAAGGUAAAGGACAGGAGCAAAUGGAAGUCCAGUUUGUGGAUCAGUUUGGCUUUCAUACAGUUACCUGCUGUGGUUAUCUUCCACAGGUAGGUUGUAUUUCAUCAGACUGAUAGAAUUUUAAGUUUGCCUCAUUUUUCCUUUGGUGACAAAAAAGGGUCAAAAUUAUCAUAAUGUAAAUAAAUUAAUUUUUGUGGAGCCAUGAAUAAGAAAAAGCAUGGUUUGUCCUGCUAAGAAAAGUAGUGCUUUGGACAGCACUUGUAGCUGCAUUGGAUACUGACGUUUCUUCAAUUUUUUGGGUUUUAAUCACUGAGAGAAAAUUAUUUAUUCCUCCAAUUUAACAUUUUAAGAUAACAUUCAAUUGAAUAGUAGCACUUACUGUCCUGGAUGGUACCAGCAUAAAGGCUGUGUGAUCCUCAAAAGGUUUAUUUGAAAAAGAAGCAAAUUUGCCUUUUGUGUGUGUAGAACUGACAUCUGCAGUCCUGGUCCUUCAGGUGAAGAACUGGCACAGUGGCUGGGUGAGUUUCUUUGCCAGAGAAAAGAUCCAGCCCCAGAUCGACCCAAUUGAAAGGAGCUCAGGAGACAGGGAAGCAAGGGAACUUUGGGCACAGCUUCAGGUACAAGCAAUUCUCUCAGUUCUCAUUACAGUGACAGCUGGGUAUCAGUUAUCUAGAUUUUAUUUUCUUAAAACAAAGUUCCUGUUUGUUGUUGUGCACCAUGUUCUGUCGGUAGGAGACUCCAGUUUUAAGGGACCAAAAGGCCCUUUUUUCUAAGGUGUAAUGGCUUUUGCCACAUCAUCCUCUGCUGGCAUUCCAGAGUGAAUUCCAAAGUGCCAGCACUUUGCCUUACUAUUUGGGAAAUCUUACAGAUGGAGAUCAUAUUUCUCACUCCCUGGAACACUUCCAUGAUGGGAAACAUACAUAAGCAGUACUGUUCUGCACAUUGUUGAUUUUCUGUUUGCAUCUGGUUAAGUGACUGCAGUUUUGGCUCUUUGGGUACUUUGUCAAGGUUGCUGAGAGAUGCCUGAGCCUUCUAAUGCCAAAAUGGUGGUAGCUGUUGUUAUUAAAUCUGGUCAAUAUUACAGCACCAAAUGCAGUUUUGAAUUCUUUAUUGUCUUCCUAAAAGAGAUUUGAUUGACUGUUCUGCUGCUAGCUUUUAUGAAAAACAGGAAUCCUCUGGAUUUGCUCAGCAUCUCUGUUAACUUGGUCCUGUGCUGUCUGAAGUUACAGGUUUAUUUAACUGACUUUUAAAAAGUUUGAGGUAUGCAGAUAAACCUCUACAUUUUAAGGUGAAUGACUGUAGUAAUUUACAUGUCUUGCUUCUCCCCCACUGCAGCUGAAGGUACCCAGUUUUUUCUGUGGUGUAGAAAUCAUUCCUUCUCUCCUGCAUGGGGAUCUCUGGGGAGGAAAUGUAGCUGAGGAUGAUUCUGGUCCAGUUAUCUUUGAUCCAUCUUCUUUCUACAGCCAUUGAGAGUAUGAUCUUGCAAUAGCUGGGAUGUUUGGUGGCUUCAGCAGUUCUUUUUAUUCUGUUUAUCACAGUAAAAUCCCCAGAGCCGCAGGGUUUGAGAAAGGCCUGAAGCUUUAUCAGCUUUUUCACUACAUGAACCACUGGAACCAUUUUGGUUCAGGGUACAGAGGAUCUUCUAUAAACAUUUUGAGAAACCUUGUGAAGUUGCUGCUUAAGCCAAGUACUCCUUGCACUGUUUGGAAAACCCCAGACUUGCUAGUGCAGCUGAAGGUGUAGUGAUGUUAAAAAAACCCUGUGAGAUCCUUGACCUUCUUGCCCAGCUGAAGACCUUAGAAUUAGUGAGUCCUACUAUGUACCAAGUAGGAACUUUUUGGAAUUGUUGGGAAUAGCUUUGUCAUGAAAUACCUGCAGAAGGAGCUUCUUCAUUUGCAUAGUGAAUAAACCAAUCUCAGCAUCCAGAAAACACUUGAGAUUAUGCAAAGUAAUACACAUAAAUACUGAGGAGAUGCCUAAAAAGGUUGCUCUUUGUGUUUUGUUGUGUUUUCCCCCCUCUUUCUCAUGCAGUUGUGAGCAUGAGAGCAAUGUGAACAACGUGGUUUGAAAGCCAACAGGAAAAUAAUGUAACAGGAACUGUAAGAAGGGAUUUGGACUUGCUGUUUAUUAUCACGGAAUGGGUGAGGUUGGAAGGGAUCACUGGAUGUCAUCAAGUCCAGCCUCCCUGCUUUAAGCAGAGUCCUGUAGAGCACAUUACUCAAGGUUGUGUCCAGAGGCUUUUAAAGACUUCCAGUGUGUUGCUAAUGUGAUUCUUUUGGAUGGAGACUAUUCUCUUAUAAAGUGGAGUGAAAUUUUGUUGUCUCCUAGCAUGCUUGUAGGCUGUUCUGUGCUUUCUGGUCAGAGGAGAACUAGUUCUUUUCCCUUUUUUUGAUUAUGUUUAUGUUGAAUAGUGUGCAUUCUUAGAGAACUCUCCAGGUAAGACACUUUGCAAGUACACAUCUUGUGGAGGCGUAUUCUCUCACCACUGCAAUUUUUGACUAUUGUCACUGCCCACACAACAAUGCCAUCUGGUCGUGGUGCAGUCUUCACAUACGUUUUCUGUAGCUUUAGAGUACAGGUGCCAUAAGCUAACAUUUUAUUUCAGUCCUUGUGGAGAAAUAUUAAAAGACAAGUCUGAGCAAAGAGAAGUCCAUGGUGGCAAUAGUUCAACAGAAACAAGAAGUCUGCAGCCGCAGGAGCAGGGACACUGAGGAAGCCUGGUGUGCUGCCCUGAGGGAAGCAGGAAACAAAGGAUGGAGUGGCAUGGAGGUGGUGUGGCCAUGCUCUGUUUAAAACAAUGUAGCCAGUGGGAGCUAAGCCAAAGAAGGGCCCAACCAGUCACCAAAAGCUGAAUUUUGUUUUAUUGUCUUGAAAAUACAUAAAACUUUUCAUACUGCAUAUGCUAAUGAAGUAAAACCUCUACAUGCUUUACAUGUGUGAACUAAAAUCACUCAAUUUCCACGUAAUGAAAUUACAUCAGCUGGAACUUUGUCUUUCCCCCACGCCCAAAGAAAACUACAAGUACAGCAUAGGAGGGGAGGGGGUCAGAGGAGACUUGCUCUGUGUAUCCUGGGAUGGCUGAUGGGCUGUAACCUGCUGCUUUUCCACAGGGGUGCCUGUCAGGUAACUUAUUCCAAGGGGAUUCUACAGCUUGUGGUUUCUCAUAUCAGUGUAUUUAUCAAGGAUAGUUUAUGACCCUUAUUCUGUCACAGUGAUCAGUAAACCACACUGUUUAUGCCUCUGAAAUUGGGAAUGUGCCCACUCUUGAUUGUGCACCUUCUGUGCAUCUGUGUUCGUGAGAGUUCUAAAGCAGACAUAGAGUGCUGCACUGUUCACUGUACAAUAUUAUCCGUGAAGAUCUCCCCGGAACUCAGACAGACUAAGGAGUGGAAGAUGUAGACUCCUCUGGGCCCAGUACAUCUUUGGAUAACCUGGAAAGCAAGGAGGUCUUCCUUUCCUAAAUUUUUUCACAGUCCCCGCUGAGUGCAUGUGCUGUAGCUCUUGUGGUAAGAGACAUGAAACCAAAGAUAAAUAAGUAAUUCAGAGGACAGCACCACACCAGUGUCAGAAGCCCAUGAUGAUGGUUCCACAGACUAUGGCUUUUGCUUCUGAGGUGUUAAUAGUGAAAUUGUUCUCUUCUUGAUGGAGGCUAGUAGCAGUGCUUCUGUGCAAGCUUACCAGGUAGGUGAGAGAGAUGCACGAUAUCUAACGUGGACUUUGAGUGUUGGGAAAUUACUUUUAUUAACAAAAAUGGCUCUGCAGUGGACAUGGGCAUAUUACUGAGGGUUUUUUUGGGUGCUGGUUUUGCAGUUACUUACACAAAGUGGAACCAAGUUUGGAGAAGGCUGUCACUUCCUACAGUUUUUGCUCCUUAAUUCUGCUAUUUGUCUCACUGCUGUUUGACUCUUCCCGCACAAAGUCUGCUUGGUAAAAUAAUUUUUAAUUUUACCUUGUUGCUUAAAUAAAAGUUUUCCAGUUGA